AUGACCCAGUUUGUGCCCGGUCGUGGUGUAUACAUGGAUAUUAAGACACGGCUGAUUCCAUACUACGUCUCAGACAUCACAGAUGGCUUCACGUACCGCGUCAUACCGGCCGCAGUGUACAUUUUCUUCACCAACCUUUUGCCGGCCAUGGCCUUCGCACAGGACAUGUACGACCACGCAAACAGGUCGUACGGCACCAACGAGGUGCUUUUGUCGUCAGCAAUGGCGGGCAUAGUUUUUGGCAUCUUUUCAGGCACUCCUCUGUGCAUUGUUGGAGUGACUGGCCCGAUAUCCAUUUUCAAUUACACCGUUUACAAUUUGAUGAAGCCUCGAGGGACACCUUAUUUCCAGUUCAUGUGCUGGAUCUGUCUGUGGAGCAUGGUUUUGCACUUUUUGGUGGCUAUCACAAAUAGCGUCAAUUUCAUGCGGUAUGUCACCAAAUACAGCUGCAUCUCUUUUGGUCUGUUUAUUAAUAUCGUCUACAUCCAGAAAGGAAUCCAGAUCCUGACACACCAGUUUGCAAUUAAAGACGAUUUGAGCGGUUUCGCAUCGAUCGUCGUGGCCCUGGUGAUGACCCUGUUUGGCCUGGCCGCACACUUCUUCGGCACAAAGUCGCACUACAUUCAUCCCUUGUUCCGCAAAUUUGUGAAAGACUAUGGCACCCCGCUCAGCGUGGUGUUUUUCACCGGAUUUAUCCAUUUUGGAGGCCAUCUCAAAUCCGUGGAUUUCGCUAGGCUGCCAAUCACCCGCUCAUUUCACCCCACGUCGCCGGACCGUCCUGAAAGUUGGUACAUUCCGUUCUGGCGAGAUGUAUCCGUUGGCGAUGUGUUUCUGGCGCUGCCUUUUGGCAUUCUUCUUACUAUACUGUUUUAUUUCGAUCACAACGUUUCUUCCCUGAUGUGCCAGUCAGACGAAUUUCCGUUGAAAAAACCAAGCUCAUUCCACUACGACUUCAUGCUGCUGGGGAUUACCACAGGAAUUGCUGGAAUUCUGGGGAUACCGGCCCCGAACGGCCUCAUUCCUCAGGCCCCCUUGCACACGGAGGCGCUCUGCGUCCACGAGCACGAUUAUGCUACCGGAAAAGACAGGGUUGUUCGAGUGGUUGAACAGCGGCUCAGCAAUAUCAUUCAGGGCCUCAUGACGCUAGUAAUGAUGACCAGACCCUUUCUAGUUGUUUUAGGCCAGAUUCCCCAGGCAGUUCUAGCUGGAUUGUUUUUCAUCAUGGCUAUUGGAGCCUUGAAUGAGAACGAGGUUGUGCAGAAACUCCGGUUUCUUUUCACAGAUCCUGCCUCCAGGGAAAUCAUGGGUUUUCCCCGCCAUUAUUUUCUGCUCGAGCGAAAAUGGUUCCUCAUCUUUCUGGCUUUGCAACUGGCAGCCUUUGGCUUCGAGUUCGCUAUCACGUGCACAAAGGGCGCGAUAGGGUUUCCUGGCGUCCUGAUGUUCUUCAUGGUUCUUGCAAUCUACUUUCCGACUUUCAUUCCGCAGGACCAGCUGAAAAUGCUCGAUUCCCAGGCUGCAGACGACUUGAUUCUGAAAAGCCUGAAGUUCGAGAAAAACGAAUAA